GCGCGGAGAACUCUGCAAAACAAGAGCUGAGGAUUGCGUUAGCGAUAAACCAGUUCACGCCGGAGUCCAGGGCAGCCGCCUCUCUGUCGAACCCGACCGCUCGGCCGGAGUCUGAGGAGAAGCUCGGCCCAGCCGGACCCCCUCUGGCCUCCACGGGUAGACGCCGCUCCGCCGCCAUGGGUAAAGGCGACCCGAACAAGCCGCGGGGCAAGAUGUCCUCGUACGCCUUCUUCGUGCAGACCUGCCGGGAAGAGCACAAGAAGAAGCACCCGGACUCUUCGGUGAACUUCGCCGAGUUCUCUAAGAAGUGUUCGGAGAGAUGGAAGACCAUGUCUGCAAAGGAAAAAUCCAAGUUUGAAGACAUGGCAAAAAGUGAUAAAGCUCGCUACGACCGGGAGAUGAAAAAUUAUGUUCCUCCCAAAGGUGAUAAGAAGGGCAAGAAAAAAGAUCCCAAUGCUCCGAAAAGACCACCAUCUGCCUUCUUCCUGUUUUGCUCUGAACAUCGCCCAAAGAUCAAGAGUGAGCACCCGGGCCUCUCCAUUGGGGAUACUGCAAAGAAAUUGGGUGAGAUGUGGUCUGAACAGUCGGCGAAAGAUAAGCAGCCCUAUGAGCAGAAAGCAGCUAAGCUGAAGGAGAAAUAUGAGAAGGAUAUUGCUGCAUAUCGUGCCAAGGACAAAAGUGAAGCAGGAAAGAAGGGCCCUGGUAGGCCAACUGGCUCAAAGAAGAAGAAUGAGCCAGAAGAUGAGGAAGAGGAGGAGGAAGAGGAAGAAGAUGAAGAUGAGGAGGAAGAGGAUGAAGAUGAAGAAUAAAUGGCAACUGUGUGUGGAACGUGUGUGUGCACUCAGGCAAUUGUUUUGCUAAGAAUGUGAAUUCAAGUGCAGCUCAACAUUAGCUUCAGUAUAAAAACUGUACAGAUUUUUGUAUAGCUGAUGAUUCUUUGUAGAGAAAAUACUUUUUUUUAUGCAGAUUGUAGCUUUUUGAGGGGCUACUACAUACCAGUUAGAUUUUAAAGCUUUUGAUGUUGAAUGUUCCUAAAUAUUUAAUGGUUUCUUUAAUUUCUUGUAGCACAGCAAACUUCAUAGGAAUGAGUGAUAAAUUUUGGGUUUUUUAGGAUGUUGAAUUUUGUUUUUUUUUUAAAAAAAAUUUGUAAUAAAAUUAUGUAUAUUA